AUGUUCAUAUUAUCCAAGAUAUCAGACCUAGUAAGGAUCCCUCCGGAUCAAUUCCACCGAGAUACAAUUUCUUCUAUCACGCACGAAUUAAAUAAUAAAUAUGCAGAUAAGAUUGUCCCGCACAUCGGUCUCUGCAUAACGAUAUACGAUAUCCUGGAAGUGGACGAGGGUCAAUUGAAGCCCGGUGAUGGUGCGUCAUAUAUAAAUGUGACUUUCCGUGCUUUAAUCUUCAAGCCGUUCGUUGGUGAGAUCGUGACUGGUUGGAUCAGUAAAUGUACCGCUGAGGGGAUCAAAGUUUCCAUGUUAGGGAUGUUUAAUGACGUUUUCAUACCACAGAAGAUGUUAUUUGAAGGAUGUUAUUAUUCUCCAGAGGAUUCCGCCUGGGUUUGGCCAAUGGAUGAAGAGACGAAAUUAUAUUUUGAUGUUAAUGAAAAGAUCAGAUUUAGAAUUGAACAGGAAGUAUUUGUUGAUGUGAAACCAAAGUCCCCCAAGGAGAGAGAACUGGAACAACAACAAUUACAACGUCAACAGGAGGAAAAUGGGAAAGAGGGAGAAGAUAAAGAAAAAGAUAAUGAGGUUGAAAUCAUAAAGAUUGAGAAACCUCCUGCAUAUGCAUUGCUUGGUAGUUGUCAAACAGAUGGUAUGGGUUUGGUAAGCUGGUGGGAAUGA